CUCAGCCCAAAGAAGUAUCAGAACCACCGCGAUGAAGAAGUCGCAGCUCUCCAAGCAAGACUCGACCCGCUGGCUGCAGACGCUGGUGGCGCUACUCAUGACCAUCGGCGUCUUUUCUGUCAUAUGGGAAGUCAUGACACUACACACACAACGAUCGUUCCUUGAGACUUUUGACGAAUUGGAGCCACACGUAUCUUCAGACGACUUGCUGCAUCUCAACUAUCUCCAAACGGGGUGUCGUGUGGAGAAUAACACUAUAUUCCCAUGGGUCUACGCUUCUCCAGGCAACAGUGCGGAUCUCCCCGCCCCUCGUGCCCAAUCCAGCACGUCGCUACUGCAUCGGGGCGAUCCUCGACUAGUCGACGAACUACGUCAAUGUCCAGACGUGGAUAUCUACCUCCCAUCGUCCGUACGAGGGCCUGCUGGUUGUGCUGCUGCAGCUGGACCACUUAAAUUCUUACAGUCUCGACUGCUACCAGAUUGGGUAUUCAACGUUGAAGUAUACGACAUCAACUCGCGACACAAGACCAGCUACCUCACGUUGUGUCCGGAUACGCCUAUGCUGUUCCUAGCUCCCGAUCAUGUUUUAUCACUGACGAAACAUCCGUCGUGGCCGUCGACUAAGCCAGUAUAUCUCAUGGCGCCAGGUCUAGAUCUAAAAUCUACAUCGACAAAUCCAAAUCAGUUCACUCAAUCGGUUCUAAAACUUACCGACGUUAUUCUGUGUCGUACAAAACGCUGCGAUCAAGAUUUGAAACUGUUUUUAGAACGUCUAAACAGCAACAAGAAACCUCGCGUCAUCUACACAGGUCAAGUGACUUCUGACCCGUCCAACUUGGUUCGUCGGGUGCUUGGAGAUGGUGCAGCACGAGAGAGGAAUAUGACGAGCUUUGCGAGUCCCCGUUUCGCUCAUACAACGUGGAAUAUCUCGUCAAAGACAACACAAGACGUGAUGAACUGUUGGAGUUCGCAUCAGAAAGAACUUUCGCCGUUGGAUGUGUAUCUACUGAGAGAAUACAAAGACAACAAACCGACUGAGGGAGAGAGAUUGUACAAACCAUCGUUCGGUAACAGCAGCUUCUUCAUCUGUCCAACUGCAAGUGACGAUUGCCUCGACCUCGCUCGAGCUUCAGGUGGCGUUAUCGUGACAGCGGAUGGGUAUCCGAUGAAUGAACUGGUCUCGGCUUCAGAAGCCAUUUUCGUUCCUACUGAGCAGACUUCUCAAGCUGAAGAGCGUAUAGAUAACGCACUACUGCUGCCACCGCCACCUGUUGACUACCGCAGCUCCGAUCUCUGCGAUACGAUUCUAAAGGUACACACAUCGACGUCACUGAAUGACCGUGUGGCACUUGGAAUACAGGCACGACGCCACUUCAAUGAGGACGCAAAGUUCUUUUUGCUGCGUAUGAUGGAGCUGCGAGCGUUGGCACGUCACCAACAGCUCCAAGACUAGGACGUGAACCUUCGUCGCCUCAUCUAAAAAGCUAGUUCCUGCUCCAACACUAGCACAAUACACACUCGAAUACCUGCA